AUGGGGAAAGGUGGCCAGAACAUUGGCAAGCUAGAAACCAACAGUCCUCGAAACAGCCCACGCUUCUUCACCAAUCCGAAUAUCUUCCCUGCAUGGUCCAAGGACGUUUACGAAUGCGAGAACCAUUUCCAGGUGACCCAAAAAUCCGGCGUCCGAUCUGCAGACGUCGAGAGGCGACGCAAGAUUCAUGGCUUCAACGAACUGGACAAGCACGAUGGACCCUCCAUUUGGAAACUGAUCCUUGAGCAAUUCGAGGACACUUUAGUACGUAUCCUCCUUGCUGCCGCCGUCAUUUCCUUCGUUCUCGCCUGGUACGACGGCGAGACAGAUGAUGGGAAGAAAGAACUCAAUGCCUUCGUGGAACCUUUCGUGAUUUUCCUUAUCCUGAUCGUUAAUGCAAUCGUUGGAGUGUGGCAGGAAAAUAAUGCAGAGAAAGCACUGGAAGCAUUGAAAGAAAUCCAGUCUGAGCACGCGACGGUUAUCCGCGACGGAAAGAAAAUCACUAAUCUGUCAGCCAAGGAGCUUGUUCCUGGCGAUAUUGUCGAACUUAAAGUCGGCGACAAGGUCCCUGCCGACAUGCGAGUUCUGGAGUUGAUAAGUUCGACAUUGAGAGUAGAGCAGGGCUCACUCACCGGAGAGAGCGAAGCAGUGAAUAAAACGACCAAGGCCGUUGCGGAGGACUCAGAUAUUCAAGGGAAGAAGUGUAUGGUUUUUGCGGGGACAACGGUGGUGAACGGGAGUUGCGUUUGCUUGGUUACACAAACGGGUAUGGAAACCGAGAUUGGAAGAGUGCACACUCAGAUUCACGUAGCAUCCCAGAUGGAGGAAGAAACUCCAUUGAAGAAGAAGCUCAACGAGUUUGGAGAAAUGCUUACGAAGAUUAUCGGACUGAUAUGCGUAUUGGUCUGGUUAAUCAAUGUCAAGUACUUCUUUACCGUGGAAUAUUACGAAAGUGGUUGUCCUAGGAAUUUCAAGUUUUCGUUCGAGAAGUGCACUUAUUACUUCGAGAUCGCAGUGGCAUUGGCUGUAGCCGCUAUACCUGAAGGCUUGCCUGCGGUGAUUACUACGUGUUUGGCACUUGGCACUCGAAAAAUGGCACAGAAGAAUGCACUUGUCAGGAAGUUGCCAAGCGUGGAGACUCUGGGGUGCACCACAGUGAUAUGCUCAGAUAAAACUGGUACAUUGACUACUAAUCAGAUGGCUGUGGGGAAGCUUGUUGCAAUGGGGCAGGCAGGGGAGGAAUUGAGAAGCUUUAAGGUUGAUGGGACUAGUUACAGCCCUUAUGAUGGGGAAAUACAUAACUGGCCAAGCGAAGAAAUGGAUGCUAAUCUCCAAAUUAUUGCAAAGAUUGCUGCUGUGUGUAAUGAUGCGAGUGUUGCAGAGUCGGAGCAUAGAUUUGUGGCCAGUGGAAUGCCAACUGAGGCAGCUUUAAAGGUUCUUGUUGAGAAAAUGGGCUUUCCAGAGGGAUUACUUCCUGACGGAUCGUCAUGUGGCGAUGUUGAUCUUCUAUGUUGUUGCCAAAGGUGGAAUGAAUACGAGCAUCGGAUUGCGACACUUGAGUUUGAUCGUGAUAGAAAAUCCAUGGGUGUUAUUGUCAACUCCCCUACAGGGAAGAAUUCUUUGCUAGUGAAGGGUGCUGUAGAAAAUGUACUAGAGAGAAGUGCUAAAAUGCAGUUGCAGGAUGGUUCUGUUAUACCACUGGAUGAUAAGUCAAAGAAACUUAUUUUAGAUGCGCUUCAUGAAAUGUCAAGCAGUGCAUUAAGGUGUUUGGGCUUUGCUUACAAAGAUGAGCUUCCUGAAUUUGAAACAUAUGAUGGCAGUGAAGAACAUCCGGCUCAUGAGCUUUUACUUAAACCAUCAAAUUAUUCCUCAAUUGAGAGCCAACUGAUUUUUGUUGGCCUGGUUGGGCUUAGGGAUCCUCCUCGGAGAGAAGUAUACCAAGCAAUUCAAGACUGUAGAGCAGCCGGUAUUCGUGUAAUGGUUAUUACAGGAGAUAACAAGAAUACAGCAGAAGCUAUAUGUCGUGAAAUUGGUGUAUUUGGAGCUGAAGAAGACAUUAGUUCAAGAAGUUUAACCGGGAAAGAGUUCAUGGAAUUGGAAGAUCAGAUAGCACAUCUCAGACAAAGUGGUGGGCUUCUGUUUUCAAGAGCUGAACCAAGACACAAGCAAGAGAUAGUGGCGCUGCUUAAGGAGGAAGGAGAGGUAGUUGCCAUGACUGGGGACGGAGUGAAUGAUGCACCUGCCCUGAAACUGGCUGAUAUUGGGGUUGCAAUGGGCAUUGCUGGAACAGAGGUUGCGAAAGAAGCUUCUGACAUGGUAUUGGCAGAUGAUAAUUUUAGCACAAUUGUCGCUGCCGUUAGCGAAGGAAGAUCUAUCUAUAAUAAUAUGAAGGCUUUUAUCAGGUACAUGAUCUCGUCAAAUAUUGGUGAGGUAGCCUCUAUAUUCUUAACAGCAGCUUUAGGCAUACCUGAAGGCCUGAUACCUGUUCAGCUUCUGUGGGUCAAUCUUGUUACAGAUGGACCACCUGCCACAGCCCUGGGAUUCAAUCCUCCAGAUAAGGACAUAAUGAAGAAGCCUCCCCGUAGAAGGGGUGAUUCAUUGAUCACUGCCUGGAUUUUAUUCCGCUAUCUGGUCACUGGGAUUUAUGUAGGGAUAGCAACUGUAGGCGUAUUCGUCAUUUGGUACACCCAUGAAUCCUUCUUGGGGAUUAACCUUACUGGAGAUGGCCACACCCUUGUUACAUACUCGCAACUAACCAACUGGGAUCAAUGCUCAUCCUGGGAAAAUUUUUCUGUAUCACCCUUCACCGCUGGAGCUCGGGUUUUAUCCUUCGAAAAUAACGCGUGUGAUUACUUCCAGGGAGGCAAAGUGAAAGCCACAACUCUCUCACUCUCUGUAUUGGUUGCAAUUGAAAUGUUUAACUCUCUCAAUGCCCUUUCUGAAGAUGGGAGUCUCUUGAUAAUGCCUCCAUGGGCCAAUCCCUGGCUCCUUUUGGCCAUGUCCUUCUCAUUUAGUCUGCACUUCUUGGUCCUGUAUGUGCCGUUCCUAUCUCGAGUAUUCGGCAUUGUGCCUCUUAGCUUUAAAGAGUGGCUCUUGGUUUUUGCUGUUGCUUUCCCGGUGAUUCUGAUAGAUGAAAUUCUGAAGUUUAUGGGGAGGUUUGCAAACAAGCAUCCAACUUCCAGCAGAAGUAAAUCAAAGCUUAAGGGAGAGUGAGAUUACUUGUCACCUCAUCUGCAUUGAGUUGCUACAGCCGCUCCCAUACACAUAUAUAUAUAUAUA